AUGAUGAACCACCACCUAACUACGGUGACCACCGCCCCACUACGGCCGUCGAACUUUGUCACUUUAUCACAGAUCGGGGUCGAGCAUGCCACAGGCAACGUUGUGGGGGCCACGGUUGGGCCACAGACCAUCCAGGCGAUCAGCAAUAUCCAACAGCAACUCCGAGGACGAGGGAUUGGGUUGGAGAAUGUGGUUCUGGUAUUAGUGUUUGUGAGUUCCCCUAACGACGUCCCACUGGCCGAGCAGGUGUUGCAACGGAGAUUGGGGCCACGGGUGGCACGGAGGUUCCAAGUGGUCCAGUUUCCAGGAAAGGUGAAAGUAGAGCUACGGGUGGUUGCCAAAGGGUGCCACGGGAGUGCUCUAUAG